UUUGGGGGGGUCAGAGCCAACCCACACCAGUGGAUGUGUCGUCCCUUUGGGGGUGGAGCCUUGCUCUGCAGGCUUGUAGAUGGACAGAGAGAGCUGUGUUAACCAGGGUAACAGGGUGGUGCAGGGAUGGAGUUCCUGAGCUGCUGGGAACAUUCCCAUUUCCAGUUGUCUCUCUUCACUUUCCAGACAUCAUUCGCUGCCUACUUCCAGGGAAUCGUGCAGCAGCCCAAGCAGCUGGGUGCUGAGCUUUGGCAGAUGGACACUGACACCUUCCUGCUCAGCAUGAGAUACCUGUACAGUGACGGGAGUGUGGAGCUCAUUCACACAACCCUUUCCUUCGGGGAGAUCCGAGAGGCGCUCCUGCGUUCCCCGGGCGGCGGCCGCAGCCUCUUCGUUCCACUCUGGCAGAGGUGCUCCCUGCAGCUCAGCUCGCCCAGGUGCCUGGAGCUUCUCAGCAAGGCCCUGAGGCUGUCGUCAGCCGCCUACCUGCAGCCAGAGAUGGUCACUGACAUGCCCCAGGACCUUCCGGAGGACACUUUCAACAACAUCACCGCCGUGUUUAAGGAACUGUACGACGACAUGACGUCUCGUUGUCAAAGGGCGGUCUACGAGUGGAUCCGACACAUCCUGCAGAGACCCAACCAGCAGUCUGGAGCAAGCGGGGGAGCGCCGUGGAUUGUGGCUGAGAACCUAUGGUUCCUGGGGCGAUUCGUGGUCCAUCUCCCUCCUGAGGAGAUCCACAAGAUCAGCCUCAAUGAGAUCCGGCUCUUCAUUAAUUACGACAACGCCACGAAGCAACUGGACUCGGUUUACGACAUCACGCCAGCAACUGCCAGAGCCUUCCAGGAGAGGAUCAACGCCAGCGGCUUCAACAUAGCCAACACCUCGACUGUGUACAGACUUGGCCUCCUGGUUUGCUUCUUUGACAACGUGCAGGAGUUGGACACUGGCGAGGCCCGCAGCCUCCUCCACCAGAUGAUUAAAUGCAACCGCCUCAAGGGCUUCCAAGCUGAUGUCAAGAAGCUGAAGUCCCAGCUAUUGGGACUCGUGCUGAGAACUCAACGGCUUAAUGAGACCCUGGGCUCCGUCUCCGACGCUCUUGGCUGCCUGUCCUUCCCUCAGCUCGAAUCCCUGCCUCCGGAGUCCGUGCAGAGCGCCAUGCCAAUCCUCGGAGCAGUCAGUGGCUGGAGCCCCGGCCAAGCAGUCAUCCUGGCCGACAAGAUGGUUGGGGAUGGCGGUGAGCUGUUGACACUGUCUCUGCUGAGGCAGAUGGGAUCUGUGGUGCCUGGGCUCGGUGCCAACACUCUGUACAACACCCAGGCUGGUGAGCUGGCACAGGCCCUGCGGGGAGUCCUGACCGAGCAUGGAGAUCAGCUCUCCAUCGCUCAGCGGCUGGCUAUCGUCUCCCAGAUUGCAGAUUCCAGGAAUGUGUCGGCCUUGCUGGACCUCUUGGAUGGUCCCUUCUUAAAGGAGCUGCCCCUCCAGGGCCUGCUUCCACUGGAGAGCUACAACAUCACCCACCUUGAGCGGAAGGAGCUGAGGAGAAGUCAGGCUCUGUUCCUGUACCAUCUGGCAUCAGACACACUGCCCAUCCAGGAAAUUAUCCGAUUCGGGGAGCUAGCAAGGGGCCUGACCUGCAGCCACCUCCGUUCCCUGGAGCGGCCCACCCUCCUCCGGCUUCGUGCCCUCUUCCAGGAGAGCCUCGCCCUGCUGUCACCCCACCAGCUGAACUGCCUGGCCUGGAGGUUUCUGCGGCUGGAACCCGACUCACUGCCUCCUCUCCUGCUCGCCACCCUCCCGGCUGGGGUCCUGGCCACGAGCCCGCCCUCUGUCUGCCGGCCGCUGUUAGCGGCACUGUCUGAAGCGGAUUUGUCGUCAAUCAUUCCCGAGCCGGCAAAGAGGGCGGUGGUAGUCAGCAGAGCAGAGCGUUGCCUGGACUACAGACUGCUGGACGAAUACGAUGUCGAUGUCCUGGGCAGAACCAUCUGCCAUCUGUCAGCCGAGUUCAUAAGGACCAACAUUUCCCACAAGGCCAUGAAUGAAGCCCUCAUGCAGUUCAGGACUUGUACGGAGCUCAGCCCUGCCCAGAAGAGCGAAGUUAGAAAUAAAAUGCAGGAAUAUUACGGCGAUCCAGCCGCGUGGCCGCCAGAGCUGAUGCAGGAUCUGGGACUCCUGGUUACACUCUUGUCAAAGGAGGACCUUACCACGGUUGCUGAGAAGUUCCCCGACAUCUUGCUGCAGUCAGCGCUGGAAGCCAAGGGCAAGGCUGUUCCUCAGGAUUUCCUCUGGGCAGUGUUCCACGCUCUCGAGAGAACAAAUGGGAGCAUGAAAUCCUCGGACCCGUCUUCAGGCUGCACUGGGGUUCGAACCCCACCCUCCGACCACAUCCUCAAGCUGGCCGACGCCAACUCCUAUUGGUCAGUCCAAGAGCUGCGCUGCCUGUCCCAGGAGACCUUUGUACGAAGCGUCGAGCUCCUCGGUACCGUGAAGACAUUCAGCAUCGCUCAGCUGGAGGCCCUGAAGGAGAAGGCCAAAGAGGUGUGGGGCCCUGUCCCGGGCUGGAAGAAGUACCAGAUACGUGCUCUCGGCCGGAUCGUGCACUCCCUGAGUGAGGCGGAGAUUGCGGAGCUUGAUCUCAGCUCCAUCGACACCGUGAUGGCUCUGAGUUGGCACAGUGAGUGGUCUCCACUGCAGGCUAGAGCCAUAUUGGAUGGGUUUCUCCGAGGUUCCGGCCUGGCGGUUGGUGAUCUGGAUGGCUGGGUCCUGGCUGGGCUCGGCAGCUUGCUGUGCGCGAUGACCAGCUCUGAGGUUGACUCCAUGAAUGCUGCUGCCUACAGUGUCGCAGCAGCAAGGAUCGGCCAGGUCACCUGCGGGCUGGAGGUGCGGCGGAGGCUGCUGAGGAAGGCGAGGGAGGUGUUCGGAGACAUCGGCGAGUGGCCAGGCUUCGUCCUCCAGGAAGUUGGAACAGUGGCAGCUGGGUUGAGCCGGGAGGAGGUUAAGGAGCUGAACCGGGACCUGAUGCCCUAUUUCAUGCCAGCAGCGGUGGCUGCACUACCUGCCAACGUAUUCCAGGAGCUCUCCCCACAACAGCUGCUGAACCUGGGGCCAGAGAACGCGGCUGCCGCGACUGGGGCCCAGAUGGCAGCACUGGACCCAGACCAGGCCUCCAGUCUGCAGGCCGCCAGGGACGGAGGCGAAGCAGAGGAGACAGCCCCCUCCACUUCCCCGAUUACAGACUUUCUAACAGGUUCGGCUUGCCGUGGUGACCUACACCUCCUGCUCUGGGCUGCCUCGACCGCAGCUGCUGUGUGUGUUGAUCCCUGAUGGUCAGACUGAGUUGCGUGUCCCAGCACAUACUGUUGUACAUUCGAAUGGUCAAAGGCUCUAGAUGUCCCUGUCAACAGAAUGUGGCUGGCUACAAAGACACAGAUUAGCAUAACGCUUUACGGCACCAGCAAUCACUGAUCAGGGUUCAAUUCCCGAUGCUGUCUUUAAAAAGAUAAAAUUAUUUUUAUUUAUCACAUGUACAUCGAAACAUUCAGUGAAGUGUGUUAUUCUUAAUCUUCCUCCUUCCUUUCAGUGCUGAUGAAGGGUCUCAGCCCGAAAUGUCACCUGGUUAUUCAUCUCCAUCGAUGCUGCCUGCUGACCUGCUGAGUUCCCCCAGCAUUUGUUUGUGUUCCAGUGAAUGGCAUUGUUUGCAUCAAAG